AAAAUUUAGAAAAUAGGACUAUUUGAAACCGUGAAUGAUUUAGUGAGGGAGGGAGGAGUUUAAAAAGAGAGACAGAGAGUAAAGCAGUCUCAGAAAGCCAGAGGAGGGAGGAGUUGAGAAAGAGAGACAGAGAGUAAAGCAGUCUCAGAAAGCCAGAAGAGGGAGGAGUUGAGAAAGAGAGACAGAGAGAGUAAAGCAGUCUCAGAAAGCCAGAGGAGGGAAGAGUUGAGAAAGAGAGACAGAGAGAGUAAAGCAGUCUCAGAAAGCCAGAAGAGGGAGGAGUUGAGAAAGAGAGACAGAGAGAGUAAAGCAGUCUCAGAAAGCCAGAGGAGGGAAGAGUUGAGAAAGAGAGACAGAGAGUAAAGCAGUCUCAGAAAGCCAGAGGAGAGAAGAGUUGAGAAAGAGAGACAGAGAGAGUAAAGAAAGUGUCAGAAAGCCAGAGGAGGGAGGAGUUGAGAAAGAGAGACAGAGAGUAAAGCAGUCUCAGAACGCCAGAGGAGGGAGGAGUUGAGAAAGAGAGACAGAGAGUAAAGAAAGUGUCAGAAAGCCAGAGGAGGGAGCGGAUACAGAGAAUGAGGGAGGGGUAGAGGAGGAGGAGUUAGUGUGUGAACGAUGAAGGGAUAGCCUUGAUGAAAUCAGCAGCUUGUUCAUUGGUCGGACUUUCCCAAGACUGCACGGUGGUAUGCAUGUCUCACACACUCCCCGGUCGGACACACACGCACGGCUGUAGCCGGGACUAACGUAAAGCAGUGGAAAGAAUGAGUGAAGGAAGGAGUUGGUUUCUAGGAAUGACGAUCCAGGAGUGAAUAGUUUGGGAAAGAGAGAGGGGGCGAGACAACGAGAAAAGGAAAGAGAGAGGGGGCGAGACAACGAGAAAAGGGAAAGAGAGAAAAAGCCAUAACUUUGGAAUACGUUUUGUGACUUUUUUUUCUCCAAUCUUUACAACAUCACUUCAAUGCCUUCUAACCUUUAAACCACCAGAUAAACACCACGGGUAGAUGAAGAAGCAGAGAAGAUGACGUUCUUUGGGCUGGACUGUGCCAAGAAGAAAGAGAGAGAGCUGGAGAGGAAACUGAGGGCAAACGACAGAGAGCAUAACCUCUCCUUCAGAUAUGCGACCAAUGCCAUUAAGACGUCUAAAUACAACGCGUUCACCUUCCUGCCCCUCAACCUCUUCGAACAGUUCCAGAGAAUAGCCAACGCUUACUUCCUCAUUCUGCUGCUACUCCAAGUGAUUCCUGCCAUCUCCUCUCUGUCCUGGUUCACGACCGUAGUCCCUCUGGUACUGGUGCUGUCUGUGACUGCUGCUAAAGAUGCUACCGAUGACAUAAAUCGCCACAGGAGUGACAACCAGGUGAACAACCGGAAGGUCACAGUGCUCAUGGAUGGAGAACUACGGAGUGAGAAAUGGAUGGCCGUCCAGGUGGGCGACAUCAUCAAACUGGAGAACAACCAGUUUGUUACGGCAGACCUGUUGCUGCUCUCUAGUAGUGAACCUCUCAACCUGGUCUACAUAGAGACUGCUGAACUGGACGGAGAGACCAAUCUAAAAGUGAAGCAGGCUCUGACAGUAACAGGAGACAUGGGAGACAACAUCCACAGCCUGGCUGCCUUCAACGGGGAGGUGCGCUGUGAGCCCCCAAACAACCGGCUGGACCGUUUCACAGGAACGUUGACUAACGCUGGUCAGAAAUACUCUCUGGACAACAACAAGAUCCUGCUGAGGGGCUGCACCCUCAGGAACACAGAGUGGUGCUUCGGACUGGUGCUGUUUGGAGGUCCAGAGACUAAACUGAUGCAGAACUGUGGGAAGACCACGUUCAAGAGGACCAGCAUCGACCGCCUGAUGAACGUGCUCGUCCUUUGUAUCUUUGGCUUCCUGGCAUUCAUGUGUACGAUCCUGGCCAUCGGCAACCGGAUCUGGGAGCAACGCUGGGGGUCAGAGUUCACGGCCUUUCUGCCCAGACAGGACGGAGUCGACACUCCCUUCUCCUCCUUCCUCACCUUCUGGUCCUACGUUAUCAUCCUCAACACCGUCGUACCCAUCUCCCUCUACGUCAGUGUGGAGGUCAUCCGUCUGGGCAACAGUUUCUACAUCGACUGGGACAGGAAGAUGUACCAUGCCCGUAGUGACACCCCGGCCAAGGCUCGUACCACCACGCUGAACGAGGAGCUGGGUCAGAUCAAAUACAUCUUCUCGGACAAGACCGGAACACUCACUCAGAACAUCAUGAUCUUCAACAAGUGUUCCAUCAACGGGAAGUGCUACGGAGAUGUAUUUGACUACACUGGCCAGAGAUUGGAGAUCAACGAGCACACAGAGACAGUGGACUGGUCCUUCAACCCUCUUGCUGACCAUCAAUUCUCCUUCCAUGACCACUCCCUGGUGGAGGCUGUGAAGCUGGAGAAUGUGGAGGUCCACUCCUUCUUCAGAACACUGGCCGUCUGUCACACUGUUAUGGCUGAGGAGAAGACAGAGGGUGAGUUGCUGUACCAGGCCCAGUCACCUGACGAAGGUGCUUUGGUUACCGCAGCGCGCAACUUUGGCUUCGUGUUCCGCUCGCGCACGCCAGAGAGCGUCACCAUCGUAGAGAUGGGAGAACAACGCAGCUACGAGCUGCUCGCCAUCCUCGACUUCAACAAUGUCCGCAAGAGGAUGUCCGUCAUCGUGCGGAGUCCAGAGGGGAAGCUGUGUCUGUAUUGUAAAGGAGCAGACACUAUGGUGUAUGAGAGGCUGCACCAGUCCUGUACCAAGCUGAUGGACGUCACCACUGAACACCUCAACGAGUAUGCUGGUGAGGGCCUGCGGACCCUGGCUUUGGCCUAUAAGGACUUGGAUGAGGAGUAUUUUAGCAGGUGGAAACAGCGCCACCAUGAGGCCAGCACAGCCCUGGAGGACCGAGAGGACAAGCUAGACCUGCUCUAUGAGGAGAUAGAGAAAGACCUGGUGUUGCUGGGAGCUACAGCCAUAGAGGAUAAGCUCCAGGAUGGUGUGCCACAGACCAUCGAGCAGCUCGCCAAAGCUGACAUCAAGAUCUGGGUGCUCACCGGCGACAAACAGGAGACGGCGGAGAACAUUGGCUACUCGUGCAACAUGCUGCGUGAGGAGAUGAACGACAUCUUCAUCGUGUCGGCCAACAACCCGGAUGAUGUCAGACAGGAACUGAGGAAUAUGUUGAGCACCAUGAAACCAGGUGCAGAGGAGGAGGCCAUCUUCAUGCCAGAGAGGACUUUGGGCAACAAGCCAAAGGUGGUCAGGGAUGAGGAGGUGAACGGGGAGUACGGGCUGGUCAUCAACGGACACAGUCUGGCCUAUGCCCUGGAGCAUAGCAUGGAGCUGCUGUUCCUGCGUACAGCCUGUCUGUGUAAGACAGUGAUCUGCUGUAGAGUGACUCCACUACAGAAAGCCCAGGUGGUUGAGCUGGUCAAGAAAUACAAACAGGCUGUCACUCUGGCCAUAGGCGACGGGGCCAAUGACGUCAGCAUGAUUAAAGCUGCUCAUAUAGGUGUAGGUAUAAGCGGUCAGGAAGGGAUGCAGGCGGUUCUGUCCUCAGACUACUCCUUCGCUCAGUUCCGCUUCCUAGAGCGCCUCCUCCUGGUCCACGGCCGCUGGUCCUACCUGAGGAUGUGUAAGUUCCUGCGCUACUUCUUCUACAAGAACUUCACCUUUACCUUCGUCCACUUCUGGUACGCCUUCUUCUGCGGCUUCUCAGCACAGACGGUCUAUGAUGAGUGGUUCAUCACUCUGUAUAACCUGGUCUACACAGCACUUCCUGUACUGGGCAUGAGUCUGUUUGACCAGGACGUGAAUGACAUGUGGAGUUUCCAGCACCCCAAUCUGUACGUUCCAGGCCAGCUGAAUCAGUACUUCAGCAAGACAGCCUUCUUUAAGUGUGCCCUCCACAGCGUCUACAGCUCUGUAGUGCUAUUCUUCAUCCCCUACGCUGCCAUGUACGACACGGUCCGAGACGACGGGCGAGACAUUGCUGACUACCAGUCCUUCGCCCUGCUGGCCCAGACCUGUCUGGUCAUCACCGUCUGCAUACAGCUGUGUCUGGACAUGUCCUACUGGACAGCGGUCAACCAGGUCUUUGUGUGGGGGAGUCUGGCCAUGUACUUUGUUGUCACCUUCAGCAUGUACAGUAACGGCACGCAUAUCAACUUCCCUGCGUCCUUCCCCUUCAUCGGCACAGCCAGGAACUCCCUGAACCAGCCCAACGUGUGGCUGACCAUCCUGCUCACCUCCAUCCUCUGUGUACUUCCUGUGGUCGCCUACCGCUUCCUGUUGAUACAGCUCCGCCCCACCAUCAACGACAAGGUGAUGUUCAAGGUGAGACAGGCCAAGGCCACGCCCCCUCUCCCAGCACGACGAGCCAGGAUGCGACGUACCAGCUCCCGCCGCUCCGGAUACGCCUUCUCGCACGCGCAGGGCUACGGGGACCUGGUGACGUCCAACCACUUCCUGCGCCGUCCCGCCAUCACGCGCUCCACCGCUUUCACCCCUCUGGGGCGCACCACAGGGUUCAGCCCCAUGGGCCGCUCGGCAGGAUACAGCCCUACUGGGAACGCUCUGAACUCCAGACCGCAGGAGGUGGAGGUGACAUCACUACAGAUGUACCGGAUGGUGCGAGACUCCGCCUUCUGAAGUACUGUACAGUGUGAGACCCCGCCUUCUGAAGUACUGUAACAGUGUGAGACCCCGCCUUCUGAAGUACUGUAACAGUGUGAGACCCCGCCUUCUGAAGUACUGUAACAGUGUGAGACCCCGCCUUCUGAAAUACUGUACAGUGUGAGACCCCGCCUUCUGAAGUACUGUACAGUGUGAGACCCGGCCUUCUGAAGUACUGUAACAGUGUGAGACCCCGCCUUCUGAAAUACUGUACAGUGUGAGACCCCGCCUUCUGAAGUACUGUAACAGUGUGAGACCCCGCCUUCUGAAAUACUGUACAGUGUGAGACCCGGCCUUCUGAAGUACUGUAACAGUGUGAGACCCGGCCUUCUGAAGUACUGUAACAGUGUGAGACCCCGCCUUCUGAAGUACUGUACAGUGUGAGACCCCGCCUUCUGAAGUACUGUAACAGUGUGAGACCCCGCCUUCUGAGGGAAGCGAGGAAGAGGAUGUGGAGUUGUUGUUUACAGAGGACCAAAUCAGGGGGUGUGAUAUGUAAAAAACAUAUAUCCUAAACAUUGACACGUACUGUAACUGUACGCACACAAAUCUCUAUGACGACUGACUUGUCGAAACGUUCCAAAGACAGACCCUCGCGUCUGGUUGGUCACCCUCUUUUUUCCCCGCUUCAUUACUUCUCCUGUUCCAAUCAUUGGCCUUUUGUUCCAUCAGGAAUGUUGUCAUGGGGAAACAAACCUCUCCUGUUUCAUUCAUUGGCCUUGUGUUCCAUCAGGACUGUUGUCAUGAGGAAACAAACCUCUACAGGUCAACUGUAUGCUAUAUUGUCUGUCAGGACAGGUUGAGUGUGAGGUUCUUUAAUUAAGGGUAUCAACUGAGGAUAAACUAUUACACUAUACUACAGUAUGACUGUACUCAGUGCUGUGACACAACAGGAUUGUAUACUGCAGUGUGACUCUGUACUCAGUGCUGUGACACCAUAGGAACGUUCACUCAGUGUACAAAACAUUAAGAACACCUUACUAAUAUUGAGUUGCACCCCCCAUCACCUUUUGCCUUUUCAGAACAGCCUCAAUUAGUCGGGGUAUGGACUCUGCAAGGUAUCGAAAGCUUUCCACAGGGAUGCUGGACCAUGUUGACUCCAAUGCUUCCCACAGUUGUGUCACGUUUGCUGGAUGUCCUUUGGUCGGUGGACCAUUCUUGAUAAACAUGGGAAACUGUUGAGCAUGAAAAACCCAGUAGCGUUGCAGUUCUAUGACACAAACAGAUGCACCUGGCACAUACUACCAUAACCUGUUCAAAGGCACUUAAAUAUUUUGUCUUGCCUAUUCACCCUUUGAGUGGCACACAUACACAGUCCAUGUCUCAAUUGUUUCUUGGCUUAAAAAUCCUGCUUUGACCUGUCUCCUCCCCUUCAUCUACGCUGAUGGAUUUAACAGGUGACAUCAAUAAGGGAUCAUAGCUUUCACCUGGAUUCACCUGGUCAGUCUGUGUCAUGGAAACAGCAGGUGUUCUUAAUGUUUUGUCCACUCGGUGUAUACUACAGUAUGACUUUGUACUGUGACGCCAUAGGAAUGCACUAAACCCAAGGCCAGACCAAACCUCUCAGAGUCGUGGGAUUUAUGCCUCCUUCUAUCCUCACCAGCAACAAGCCCUCUCCUCUCCCACUGUGAUAAUACCAGUAUACAAUCACACAGGUGUAGAGAUGUACUGUACAUUCCAACACUAACCAUGGAGGGAGUUGGUAGGAUGUAUACCUUUCCUGUCUCUGGUCCACACUCCAUUCCAGUUGGUGGCGGUAAUGCACCUUAAAGUUGGUUGCCAACCGUCAUAUAACAUCCACAGAAGAUGAUUGUGGGAGAUAAGAUGGACGCUAUCACCAGCAAAAUCCUGAUUGUAUGAACAAGUGUUUUUGCCCUUUAAACCAAGCAAUGUAUUUUUUAUAUAUAUACACAUUUCGCUGAAAAACUAACUAUGGACUUGAACUAUGGGUGUUAGACAUUCGUUUUUUUUAUAGAGGAGAUAGAAGAUCUAUCUUCUGUUUAGUGUUGUUCAUCCAAGGGCUGAAUAAGUUUUCAUCCCGAAUGGGAUAGUGAAAUGGUUAGCAUGCUAUCCAUUAGCCCGUGGACCACCUCAUCCUGAAUGAGAUAGUAGCAUGGUUAGCAUGCUAGCUGUUAGCCUGUGGAGUGGCUAUAUCUCAAUGGGAUAGCGACAUGGUUAGCAUGCUAGCUGUUAGCCUGUGGAGUGGCUAUAUCUCAAUGGGAUAGCGACAUGGUUAGCAUGCUAGCUGUUAGCCUGUGCAGCUGCUAUAUCUCAUUGGGAGAGUGACAUGGUUAGCAUGCUAGCUGUUAGCCUGUGCAGUUGCUAUAUCUCAAUGGGAGAGUGACAUGGUUAGCAUGCUAGCUGUUAGCCUGUGGAGCAGCUAUAUCUCAAUGGGAGAGUGGCAUGGUUAGCAUGGUAGCUGUUAGCCUGUGGAGCGGCUAUAUCUCAAUGGGAGAGUGGCAUGGUUAGCAUGCUAGCCAUUAGCCUGUGGACCAGCUGUACUUGAUGUCGGUGCUAUAUCAGUAAAGUGUUACCCCAGUGGGCAUACACUGGUUGAAUCAACUAUUGUUUCAAUGUCAUUUGUCAACAUAUUGUGAUGUGGAAUCUACAUAGAAAACACAUUUGAAUUUUAGAAUAUGUCCUCAACUAGUACUUUUUUCAUCUAAUUUCAACCAUUGAAAUUUGGGCAAUUUAAAUACAAUGACUUAACCUGACUAACAGGUUGUUUCAUCAAUCUAUUAAUCAUCAUCACUUUAUAUUUAGAAAUAGCGUAAAAAAUGUAAUGGAGAUUUGUAAAACAUUUGUUAUCCUAUACACUAUAUAUUGGGUGGUUGAAAUUGUUUAAUUUCAUAUUUGAUUAGACAUAUUCGACCUUGUUUCAAUGUUGAUAGUUAAAUGGUAUAUUUGAAUCAACAUCAUUGUUUUAAUGCCAUGCCAUCAACCUAAAUAAAGCGGUAUAUUGAAAUGAAAAGGGAA